UUUAGAAAGAGGUAAAGAGAAAGAAAGAAAAGGAUAUACUUCUCACCUACUCAAUAAGAACCCUUCCUUUUCAAGGCACAAAAGUCUUCAGAAAACAAGUAAAAGAAGAAAGAUUAAAGCCUGCCCAGGAAGCGAUAGUAUGUAUGUCUUAUGGCGUUUCCGGGAGAUUCGAUCCGAUGACCUAUUACGCACCUAAACGUUCCCUCUAAUAUAUUUCAUGCCUGGAAUUUGAAGCCCGAUUGAAGAAGGAAGAAAGCAAAGUAUUUACCAGAUAUUUUGAUAUGGCAAUGGCGGCUUCGUCUUCUUCGGAGACUUCAUCGUCUGAUUCAGAGCACCCCCACAGCAGCCAUCGCCACCGUCACAGAGAAAAGGACAGAGAUAUUCAAAGGAACAAGGAAAAACACCAUUCUCGCAAGUCUAAGUCCAAACGCAGGCGAAAGCACAGCGAAAGCGAGGAAGAUUUGUCUUCCUCUUCUUACUCAGAUCGCUCUCGCAAGCGUCACCGGAGGGACGAGAGUUCAAGCAGUGACAGUGAUUCAGAAGCAUCUGACCGGCCAAGGAAACAUAAACGAAGAGACAAGCCAAGAAAGACCAAAGACAAGUUAAAGGGUAAAGGCCAUAGGCACAGACAUCAUAAGCAUAAGUCAAGAGAGAAGCUGGAAAAAGAGAGUAAUGGUCCAGUGCAGCUUUCAAAGUUUCUUGGGCGGGAUAAAGAAGAUGGUGUAAGGCGCAGUGUUGUCUCUGGUAAAAAGAUUCUUAUGAAGAUUGAGAAAACCAAGGAGGACAAGCUGGCAGAGACUAACAGGAAUGAGUUGUUGAAGUUCUUAAAUGCGAGUUAUGAUUAACUAGAUCUUGUGUGAAGAUGUUUAUUGAACAGCUAGUGUGAUUUGUUGUUUGACCACUACUAUUUGCUUAGAUUUGUGUAAUACAAAUUGAGAUAUGUAAGAUUUUUGUGUGCUAGGACUGAUUGGCCAUCAAUCCGUAAGCUUAGUUUCAUGCCAGAAUUGGCUACAUAUUUCCUGUAUUAUGUGUUUGUUAUCCAUGUAUACACCGCUUGAAUAUGUAAACCAUUUGCCGCUGUGGUUUUUUGUAUUUUAGAUUUCACAAAUUAAUGAUGUUUUGGUAUUUUCUAUCCUA